AUGUUGGUGUUCCACGAAGGUGCGAAGAUCAACGAGUUUGCAUGGGCGACCAUUAUGAAGAUCAGCUUUAAGAAAAAGAAUUUCUAUGUUCAUGUCAAGCUAGGCGAACCGAAUGAGCCUGAUACCGUACUCUCGUUUCACGUGAUAUCAUCGCCGGCUUGCAAGCAGCUAUGGAAAGCUUGCAUUGAACAUCAUACGUUCUUUCGUCUUAUCGCUCCACCUUUGGCUCCUCCUCUAGCUUUGCGUGUCGAUCGAAGCAAAUAUCGUUACUGUAAAGUGAUUCCGUUUAAAUGA